AUGGCUCUGCCUGAUGAUCUCGAUCGCGGAAAUCUAUCAAAUGCGCUUGCGGAUAAUCUUCUGAACGAUCUUGGUCUGACUUCUGAUGAUUACAACAAUGGCACGACCAUACAACUGGUUUGCUUCCUUGCUGCCGAGUUUCCGGUCCAGUUUCUCACCAAGCGAUAUGGUUUCAAGUACAUCCUUCCAACUAUGAUGUUAGCCUGGGGAACUGCAUCUUGGGGUCAGGCAUGGAUGCACGACCGGACUUCAUUCUAUCUGGGUCGCGCAGCCAUCGGACUCUGUGAGGGUGGUUUCAUCCCUGGUGUUAUCUUGUUUGCGACCUACUUCUACAAGUCCAAGGAGCUUUCCAUACGUCUUGCAGCCUUCUGGUCGACACUCAACAUCGCUCGUGUUAUUUCCGCAUUGCUCGCAGCUGGGAUUCUGGAAAUGCGCGGUGUCGGUGGGAAGCCCGGCUGGUUUUGGCUCUUCCUCCUUGAAGGUCUCUUAACGGUUGUCAUUGCCACAUUAUCGUUUUUGUACCUACCCGCAGCGCCGACAUCAACCACGAACGUACUUUGGCGUAAGGGCUGGUACACCGAGCGGGAAGAGAUUAUCAUGGUGAACCGCAUCCUUCGAGACGAUCCAGCAAAAGGCCUUACGGCUCUCAAAGAGCCUGCCACGUUUAAGGACAUCCGCGCGGCCUGGUCUGACUCCUCUAUGUGGGGCUUAUACUUCAUCGGCCUCGUUGCUUACAUUCCUGCCUCCCCGGUGCAAGGCUACCUUACGCUUACACUAAAACGUCUCGGCUUCAGCACAUUUGACAGUAACAUGUUGACUAUCCCGUCCGCUGCGCUUCAAGUCAUUACCAUGCUAGCCCUAGCAUAUUCGAGCGAUUACUUUAACGAACGCACGUUCCAUUGCAUUUUUGGCGAGUUCUGGAUCAUGCCGCUCCUUAUCGCCCUUCUGACGCUACCCGACGGAGGCCGCGAAUGGGGCCGCUUCUCUCUAAUUACGUUGAUCUCCGGUUACCCAUAUUUCCAUCCUUUGGUCUCGUCCUGGAUCUCGGAAAAUACAUUCGACGUCAAGAAGCGUGCGAUUACGGCCGCAACGUACAACGUUAUUGUGCAAAUUGGAUCUUUGAUCAGUUCACAAAUCUACCGUAAAUACGAUGGUCCGUACUACAAACAAGGCAACUCAGUGCUAGUGGCGAUCUGCGCAUUGAGUGUUAUCACCUUCCUCGUUCAGCGAUGGGCCCUGGUACGACUGAACAAGAAGAAGCAAGAGAAGUGGGAGCAAAUGACUUCGGAAGAGAAGGCUGUCUACCAAGCAGACAUUGCCGCGCGUGAGAAGGACGGCAACAAGCGGCUGGACUUCAGGUUCACGCUUUAG